AUGCGCAAAUUUAGGCGCAAAAGCAGAGGCGGGGCUGCUGCAGACAAUGAGUGCUUUAGCCGAGAAAGAGGUCCUGAAGCGAUCGCGGGCUCCCAGUCUCGCCUCUGUGCAGAGCCUCAACUGCUGGGGAUGUGGAUUCACGGACGUUUCUGUGUUGGCAGCAGCCGAGAAUCUGGAAGUACUGAACCUCAGUUGCAACCAAUUGACAUCCCUCCAAGUAUUGUCCCACUGUUCAAACCUGCGAGAGCUGUUCCUUCGCAAGAACCAGGUGACAGACUUAGCUCAACUCCAGCCUCUCCAGCAACUGAAGAACCUGACAGUGCUGUGGUUGAGUGGGAACCCAGUUGAACAGGAGACUGACUACAGAGCUACAGUCAUCCAGAUGUUUCCCCAGCUAGUGUCUCUGGAUGAUUCCAUAGUGACAGAGGAGGAAAGAAGAGAGGCCAAGAACUCAGCCACACAAAACCAGAAGACGGGUGGGGCGGGGGAGGAGAGGAAGGGAAAUGUCCUGAGAGCUGUGCUGUACUUACUGCCAGAGUUGACCCAGCACGAGUUAAGAGCAGUGUGUGAGGCUGCCGGGAAGAUGAUGACUGAACAAUAGGAAGGCACCACACACACUGGCUAUCGACUUCUUAUAUAUACUGAGCCAACAGCCAUUAAAAUGGCCUGUGUGAUUAUGCACGCUGCACCAACUUAAUAUUUAGCCUAGGAUACCCAUUCACAAAAUCUGGCAGUCCAGUAAAAUGAACUACUAAAACAUGGCUUACUCUUACUGUUACUUGCAGAUGUCACGAUUAAUUCCGAUAAACUUCUUUCUUUCAUUAUAUCACACACACACACGUGAUGAUGAUCAAUAAAGUGAUGUGCACGCAUUCAAAUAAACUGGUGAAGUAGACUAACUUUUGUAGUUUAGUGAAUCAGAGAGAGAGAGAGAGAAUAUAACAACAGUGGGUGAAGUGAUAAGAAUGCCUGCAGAAUAUGACAUAAGGUGAAAGAGAGAGAGAGAGAGAGAUGGAGGGAGAAAGAGAGAUGAGGAAGAGAGAGAAAACCUGAUAGAAAUCUGUGAAUGAGUGAGUGAGCGAGCGGUAAUAAAAUCUGACUACCUAAACUGUACUUUACAUACAUAAUACAUUAUGAUUAUGAUGAUUAUGACAGAGAAAACGCGACGAGACAAGAGGUGACAGGGUAGACAGGGUCCGUCCAUUACUGGCUGGCUAUCUGGAGCUGAGGACGUUUGUCUUUUUCCUGGGUCUGAACAUCGUGUAGUUCUCCACCUCCACUGACUGAGGGUCCACCUGGUAGGCCAGCGCUGCCAUCAACUUGUCCAUGUCAAAUAUCCCAGAGGGCACAAGGACCUUCAUGAUAUCCUGAGGAUCAAUGAGGUGAAGUUUGAUGUGCUUAAGCAGCGGAGUCACCAGCGACUUGAAAUCCGGUCCGGACGGCUUCGAGUGGAGCUCUCCCCACGCAAACGCCGCAUUCACUUUCAUGAUCUCGGGCAGGUCUGCGGAGCUCUCUCUCUUCAGCACCAGGUGUACCAUGUUCUCCGAGAGCUGGAGGAACUGCUGCGACAGUAGAAUCUCGGCUGCGUUGGUGUCGAUAAACUCGAGGCACUGGACGACAAUUCUCUUGGCAGCUGCGAACGAGAGGUACUGCUCGAGCUGCGUCAGGAUGAGGCAGAUGGACGCCACAGAGAGACAGCUGGGGAGGUUGUCCAGACAGGCCUGUUUGAGCUCUUCCACUUCGAACCGCUCGGCAACGCAGGCGAUGCCGACC